AUGCUGGGCUACGACAACGUGGUCCAGAACCCGUGUUUCAAACCAAUGGGCCCACACUCCAUGGAGCGCGAGAUGGGCCGAGUGCAGCGUGCCGGGGGCGGGUUCAAUCGGGCAGGCGGGGCGGACAGGGUCAUGGUGAACCGGUCAGGCCCAAAUGGCCAAACCGGAUCGAGCUGGGUCAAAGGCGGUCGGACCAGGGCUGGGUGGACCGAAGCCGAUCGAACUGGUGACGAGUGGACUGUUGAUGGUCGGCCCGGGGCAGGGUGGACCGAGGAGGGUCGACCGACAGCGACCGAACUAGGGCCAGGUGGACCACCAAUGGCCGAACCAGGGUGGGCCGAACCACAAGCGAACCCCACCAGUUCGGGUUGA